GCAGCGCUACUAGCGGCAGCCGAACGGAAAGACUCCCAGGCGAGUCGCCCCGGUGCAUACGUGUGCGCCGGCUCGCCCGUGCGUGUGAGCCGUCCGUGAGCUCGGUCUGCGCGUGGGUGUGAGCCGAGGAAGCUUACCUGGCGUCCGAUACGCAGUAACCCGCGCGCCUCUUCGUGCCCUCCCGUGGAAAGAGCGUGUCGCGAGAGAUAUUCCGGAUGCUCCGGUUCCUCCGGUGUCGGGAGCUGUUCGGGAGCUGAAUCGACUUCUGGGGGACCGACCUUGGCUGAUCGGAGCGCGUAGUCGUGCGCGCGUCGACGCUCCUUUCGCGGUUCACCGGCUGAAAGAGAGAGAGAGAGAGAGAGGCUCGAGUUCGGAAGUGCGUGAACGACCGAGGAAUACCUUCGUUCGCCGCGUGCUGCUGCUGUGUACGUGUAAACGUGUGUUUACCUGCACAGGAGAACGGUGAGGAGGAGGUGGCGCGAGGGGACCUCUCGGGGUCCUCGUCGUCGUAGUGAGUGUGGCUCGGAGAUACCGCGGAUGCUGCCGUUGAUCCUCGGAUCGUCGGCCGACGAGUGAUUUUUCGGCCGAAGGAGAUGCGACGGUGGCUCGUUCGAGGAAACUGAAAGGAAGACCUGCGAGGAAGGCUUCUCCGUUCGCGUGAGAGCCAGGUGAGAACGCGAGAGAGAGAGAGAAUGAGAGCAUACUCGGGGAGAGAUUUACGAGGAAGCCCGCGGGAGGAAGUCGCGGAGCGAUCGUGUGUCCGUCUCGUUGCGUCCCUAUGGAUAUUCGUGAUUCCAACAUGGCUGCUGGGACUAGCCGUGACCGCUGGGUCCGCGGAAGCCAUGUUGGCAGGUGUGCACGGCCCGAGAGAUAACCAGUUCACGUUCGUAAAACGCACGCGGCCGAGCGAUACAGUGCCGUGCGGUAGGCCGGAAUGAGCGCGUUACGAUUGAAUUAUCAUUCAAAUUACCGUCCGCGUCCCCCGUCGUCGAAAAGCACGGGCGCACCUGCGUAAGGUAAAACAAUGCACGCGCGAUUUCGCCGAGGUAAAGCGCGCACGAGACGAGUGAUCGAUAUAGAGAAUACACCUCCUUGUGCGAACGCCGUCCGCCCGCCCGACGCGAUUACGAAAGCUCGCGUUCGGUGGGCUUAGCUGUGCUUACGCCGAUAACCGAUCGGAUAUCGCGAGAUCCGUGUCGACUAGUUGUACAAUCUUCCGCUUUGUCAGUGCGAACGCGUCGAGGAAUGUUUGACGUGGUGUGUAUACGGUCGAUUUCAGGACGAUACGCGACCAACAGUAAAUCCUUCACGACGAUGAUUUCUAAUGUCGGGCUCUACUUCUGUGCGUCGCGAGCCGAAAUAUGCACAGCUUGAUCUUUCAGACAUGCAUCCGACCGCCGUCCGGACGUAACCAGAGGAAACUGUAGACCCGUGCAGAUGCGAGGAAUCGAGGAACGAAGAAUGAUCGGUGACGUCUGACCUGACACGCUCCUGAAUAGCGCAAUCGGCAUGUCGACCGACAUCGUAGUUACGUCGGCCUCGGCCACGGUCUCGGAGGAGACGAGCAGAGGUCGGGAUCUGGUUCUUGGACCGUCUCCAAGGUCAGGGCCCUCCUCUGCAGCGACGUCGUCCUCCAGCUCUGGCGCGGCCUCGACAUCGAGAGGGUACGACCCGACCAGCGCUCUCGCCGCCUAUCACCAUCACCGUCACUUGGUGACUGGUCUCGGACACGCUCAUCAUCGCGAGUCGUCGGCCUUCGUGCCCGUGGUGCCAUCGAGAUUGCACCUCACGCCUUACCCGGGCGAAAUGCACGCUCAUUUGCCCGGACCGCCGCCCUCGUCCUCGUCGUCGACGAAUUCGGAGCACGAGGUCGGACCUGAGUCCUCGGUGGCCAGGAAGAGCUCGUCGAGCUACGAGAUUAUAGCGAUGAUGGCCGACAAGAGGAAGGAAUUGGCGGCGAGGGCACUGCUGCUACCACCGCCUCCCCUUCUCGAACCAGCCGCUUAUCCCGUCUUCGGUGGACCCUUUCCCACUAGCACCGGCCUGUAUCCUACGGGUGGACCGUUAGCCCACCAGCACCUGGAUCGGAGACUGCUCAGAACACCCGGCAGGGCGUCCAGGCCGAAGAAGCAGUUCAUUUGUAAAUUUUGUAAUCGACAAUUCACGAAAUCGUACAACCUUCUCAUUCACGAAAGAACGCACACCGACGAGAGGCCCUAUUCCUGCGAUAUCUGCGGUAAGGCGUUCAGGAGACAGGAUCAUCUUAGGGAUCACAGGUACAUCCACAGCAAGGAGAAACCCUUCAAAUGCGGCGAAUGCGGCAAAGGUUUCUGCCAGAGCCGCACCCUCGCCGUCCACAAGAUCCUGCACAUGGAGGAGUCGCCGCACAAGUGUCCGGUCUGCGCGAGGAGUUUCAAUCAGCGCAGCAACCUGAAGACCCACCUCCUCACGCACACGGAUCACAAGCCUUACGAGUGCACGUCGUGCGGGAAGGUGUUCCGCAGGAACUGCGACCUCAGACGGCACGCGUUGACCCACGCCGUCGGCGACGUCCCGCCGGAGGCGUUGGAGGAGGCGUUGAGGGACGACGACAGCCCGGAGGAGGACUGUCCCGAGCCGGGGCCGUCGUCCUCCUCCUCGUCGACGUCCAGCGCGUCCGCACCGCCGGCGGCGUCGUCCUCCGGUUACCCGGCGCAGGGACCCUCGGCCCCGCCGCCGGCGGCGCCACCGCAGAGACCUCAGCUGCAGAUCAGAAGAGACCUGCUGCCCGCGGUGAAGCCGUCCACGGUGACAAGCGCCGGCAGUUCCCACUCGGUCACUCCACCGGCCGCUCUGCCGCCGCCGGCCUCGCUCAUCCUCACGUCCUACCGAAGCCGAAGAUUCGGCUCGCCCGGCCCCUCCAGGGUGCUGCUGGAAUUGCAAGAGCGCGAGCGCGAGAGGGAACGGGAGAUGGAGCAGAGCAGGGAGAGAGAGCGCAACAGAGAACGCGAGAAGGAGGUGGUCGCCAGACCGCCGAGGGCGCCCACACCGCAGCCGCCACCUCCACCCAGACCCGCACCGGCGCGUCAAGGCUUCACCAUCGCCGACAUAAUGCGCCGAUAGAAAGCCUUCAUGUGCCUCCGCCGAUAGUCUUCCAGUCCUCUCAGAGACGGAGAGUUUGCGGGCGUUAACGCGUCCGGGCGAGAAAGAGAGGAUCGAACAUUGAGGAGGGGGAUUGUUUCGAGACGACAGUGUUCUCGCGCGCGAAGCGAUUCAUUUUGGCGCGAGGUGGAAACAGGCCUCCUCGACGAGAGCGCCGCGAUUCCCACGAAAGAGAUCGCUUUUACGUGCACAAUUCCAAAAUAUUCCGACUACCGAACCCGAAAUAAUCUUUAAUCCUCUCAAAUAUGGUCGCAGGGUCACGUCUCGAGUCCGAACAAUAAGAGCGGCUUUGGGAAACCGAGACAAUUAACGCGUCGGUUCCCACGAUGGUCACCGGAGACCCGCGUCGAUGAGGCGUCUCGUUCGCACAGCCUACUACAUCUGUCGGAUUAAAUGGACACGUGUAAUGGAAAACCAAAACAAGACAAAGACGAGGAAGCCAGAUAACACGCUAGAGAAAGUAACAGACUAGACACACACAUAGACGCGCGCGCGUUACGAUUUCCUCCGACUUGUCUUCGGUUAGACUCAAUCUCCGAUAAAGCUACCGGACAUUCGGCGGGAACCGACGUGUCAGGACGGCGAAACGCAUAUCAAAAAUGUGCCUCGCUCGAGAGAGAACGUUCGCCGGGAGUGCCUCGGUGAUGUUCCCGGGUUCGGCCGUCGCGGCAACGACGUAACGGUGAACACGGAGGGUGUCGGGAAGAAAAGGAGAGAGAGUUCGCCGGCUGACUGUAUCCUUUUGUCCUCGCGCGGUCGCGGUGGGGAUAAUGCAAAUUUCGUGGCCGGGAUAAUAACCUGUGCCACCGUCGCCGGCACGGCGGUGGCAGGUGCAGUACACACGGUUUUUGUACCUGCUCGAUCGGCUCGCGCGGCGCGGCCGUGCGGAAUACCUGCGGCUCCCGGCGGCUUCUGCGCUCCCGCGCGCGCUUUCUACCUUCUAAAAAUAUUCCGUCCCUAGACGAAUGCCAUCGAUAUUCUUUUUCUUCCUCAACCUCCCCCCCC